AAACAACAAAUCCAAUCCCUAUCUAAAGUGGCAAAACUUCGUUUCCAAACAUCACUCCACCACUUGUAACAACACUACAAGUUCACAAAAUCAGUUUUCAUCAGUUAUAAGUGGUUUCAGUCAAUCAAAGAUAAAUAUCGACACACAUUUUUGAGAAUGCUGCUCUCCCAAUUGGUCAAGCAGUUUCGACAUGAUUGAAAUGCACUAUCAGCUCCGAAUCUGUCAACAAAAUUUUUCUUUCGCGUUCAUAUAAAUACUCUCUCAUUUAUCUUCGUUCAGAAGUACUAACAAUGAAGGCGAUCCUGUUCCUAAUUUGCGCUAGCUCUUUUGCUUUCGCGGACCUUCCUGAUUACUACUUUCCAGACGACUUCGUCUUUGGAACCGCCACUGCCUCCUACCAGGUGGAAGGAGGGUGGAACGAAGACGGCAAAGGGGAGAGCAUAUGGGACGUGGGUACCCAUGAACACGCCGACUGGGUUGCCGACAAUUCCAAUGGUGAUGUAGCCUGUGAUUCGUACCACAAGUACAAAGAGGACGUCCAACUCCUCAAAGCUUUGGGUGUCAAUUUCUACCGGUUUUCCAUCUCCUGGCCCCGGAUUCUCCCAGACGGGAAAAUCGAUAACGUGAAUCAAGCAGGGAUUGACUACUAUAAUAAUUUGAUUAAUGAGUUGUUGGCGAAUGGGAUUGAACCAUACGCCACGAUGUACCAUUGGGAUCUCCCACAACCACUACAGGAUGAAGGUGGUUGGCCGAAUAGAGUCCUGGCUGACUAUUUCGUAGAUUAUGCUAGAGUUUUGUUUGAUAAUUUUGGUGAUAGGGUGAAACAUUGGAUGACUUUCAAUGAGAUUAUGUCGAUUUGUGAACUGGGUUAUGGACAAGGGAGCUUCGCCCCGUAUGUCAAUGGUCCAGGGGUUGAGGAUUAUCAGUGCACUCACACGAUUCUUCUGGCUCAUGGGAGAACAUAUAGGCUCUAUGACGAAAACUACAGGUCGCAGCAAAACGGGCUUGUGGGUAUUGCCAUUGACACCUCUUGGAAUGAACCCAACAAUCCAGACAGUGCAGACGAUCAGCAAGCUUCCGAACAAGCGAUGCAAAUGAAUUAUGGAUGGUUCGUGAACCCUGUCUUUAAUGGUAACUACCCUGACAUCAUGAUUCAGCGCAUCCACGACAUAAGCCUUCAGCAAGGUUACUCGGAGUCGCGUCUUCCUGAAUUCACUGCAGACGAGCAACAAAUGUUGAAAGGAACCGUGGACUUCCUCGGUCUAAAUCACUACACUUCCUACAUGGUUUAUCUGAGUGACGGAGGGGUCGGUCAACCUGACCACUACGCAGACGUUGGAGUAGUAAGCUACCAAGACCCGUCGUGGCCCAGUUCUGCUUCCAGCUGGCUCAAGGAGGUUCCUUGGGGAAUCAACAGAAAUCUAGUUUGGAUUAAAAACCACUACGGGAACCCUCCGGUUUUGAUAACGGAGAAUGGGUGGUCUGAUACCGGCGAACUGGAAGAUAAUGGCCGCGUUGACUACUACAGGAAUUACUUGUAUGAGAUUUUGAAGGCUAUUCACGAAGAUGGGUGCAAUGUAAUCGGGUACACGGCUUGGAGUUUGAUGGACAACUUCGAGUGGAUGUCUGGAUAUACGCAACGCUUUGGUCUGCACUAUGUGGAUUUCAAUGAUCCAGAACGACCUCGAACUAGGAAACUGUCGUCCUACGUCUUCAGCAAUAUAGUCACUACGAAACAUAUUGAUUGGGAUUAUAAGCCGGAUUGGCCCCCAACUGAAAACUAAACCACUUUCAAUUUAGACUGGAUUAUAGCAUGUAUGGUUCAUAAAAAAUAAAAAUUAAGUUUUUAAUAAGUUUCAA